AUGGCCUCAGUCCGAGAUGAUUUGAGAGGUGGCCGCUUCGGCUUCACAGGCGCCAAGUACGAGUACCGACGCAAAGCAUUGAUGGAAUGCACAAGCCCGUGCUGCCCCAAGGAGCUGUUGCUCCCGACGAGGGGGAUUCAGCGCUAUUUCCCUCCCCUCGUGAUUCAGCCAUGCCUGCUUCUCUCGCUUGUUCUUCCUAUUGCGACGAAGGGAAACAGAAGAAGAAGAAGAACAGCGAAAGGCCCACUGUCGGCCGCCGGCUUCAACCUUCACCCGCAAUCGCAUCAUUUCCCGAACCGUUUCUCUUUGCUCUAUCAGCCGGAGCACGUACCUCCAACUAAGUGCUAUGUAUAUGACAAGCACGCACGGCCAGACGAGCUUGACAAUUACCCACGGCCUUAUCCUCACAUCUUGCUCGCCCUGGUCAUUUUGAUCGGCUGGUCGCAUUGGCUAUAUUGCUCCAGUGGCCUAAUCCAGCAUGGCAGAACACUAGACCUCGCUUCACCACAUCCCAGGCGGUACCCGCAGCUUUUGUUCAUUUACACGAGAGCCCCCAUUCCCGAUCUUGCUUGUCUCUUUUACAAACUUGCAUCUUUCCCCGCCAUUACCACGCGCCUCCCAGCCAGAGAAAUCGUGUGCUCUGCUGCGUCGUCUUCUUUGCUUCUUCGCCUUGCGGUGUCUCCCACGGCCAAAGCAAGGCGAAAAUACGCGAUAAACGACCGGGGUUCACUGGCAAGCGGAAUACGCGAACGACAAAAUCAUCGCCAGAGUUCCGUUUUCUGCGAUUGCGAAUUCACCGACGCGCUUUGGGGGAAAUCUUACAGGAUGAGGAAGUUCAACUUUUCCAGGCCGGCACGUAAGAAGCCGCAGGAGCCUCCGCCGCCAAUGCCCGCGAUGCCUAUGAGCAAAGCCCAUAAAAUCUUGGGUUCAACGCCGCUCAGCAUCGACCCUUCUUCAAUUCAUGACGCCCCGCCGCCAACCGUGAGUGUUGGUAUGUACGAAGACAAUACCCUAAACGAUAUGGAUUUGAAUCUACGGCAAACAAGGAUGACAAGAGCUGAUGAUGAUCGGAGAAAAGAGCGCGGACCGUCCCCAUCAAAUCUGAGGCUGAGUGCCCUUACCGAUAACAUGAACUUUGGGGGAAAGCAUUCGUCCGGUACUCUCAAGAAAGCCCAGUCGUCUUCUACUAUCAAAUCUUGGCACGACAAGUCAAAGCACUCCCGUUCUCUUUCCCGACAGGCCUCGAUCCCGCUCAUGAAUACUGCCCUUUCAUCAAACCCACAUACUUUUUCAGAUGUCGACGAUACUGCCAAGCUAAGGAAGAAGCCCCCGAAACUCGACUUUGCGGCAAUGGGACCGUCUCCCCGGGUGUCAAGAAAAGAGCCGGAGGCAUUCAAUCCCAGUGCAUCUAACAAUUCGAUCAAGACCCCGACGGUAUCGUCUCCAUAUUCCACCGCGUCCCAUCGGCAGAGUGAUCUACGGGGCAUGUUCAAACGACGAACAAAGGACAGUUUCCGGUCUUUUGUGCAUGAUGCCUCGCCAUCAAAUGCUGCAGAAGCCCGUCGAAUGACGACACAGCUUUCAGACAACGGGCUUUCUACGUUAUAUGACCACUAUGAGCAGAUGACCUUCCGACAUGCUAUUGACGAUGACCCCGACGUCAUGAGUAGCCCUGUCUACAAGAAGGGCCCAACUGACGGCCACAGCCAGGGUGAAUCUGAAUGGCGGGAACCACAGGGACGACAGAAUCUCGAUUGGCUUCACAAGCCGCUCAACGAAUCGCACGAGUCGAAGGCAGUGGCCCAUUCGGAAUACUCAUCAUCUCCAGGUGAUGGUGCUAGAAGUGUUUCAAGCAGACAUACCCGAACUUCUAGGGCGUCUAGGCAGACCGACAGCGGCCUCCUCCAGGAAGCUGACUUCCAUGACAAAAGCGUGUUGCUUUUGUCGUCCGACUCGGAAGAGGACGACGACGACGAGAAGUCCUCGACUAGAGACCACGUCCCUCUUCCCACGCGGCCAUUACCAGAACCACCAAGUCAGAGACAAUCGAGAUCGUCACGAUCACGACAGGUUUCAGGGCAUGAAUCGGGUGCUCUGCAGAACAAGAAGACGAGCUUCGCGCCAUCCAACACCUAUAUCGCUAUCCCCAGCGCCGAGAGAAAACGACUGUCACCAUCUCCUUCUCGGCUGCACCCGCCUUUUAGAGACGGCUCCCGCUCUUCCUCGCCCAAGCCCUCAGUUGGAUCUACGAACUCGACACGGUCCGGUUUAACUAGCCAAAUCGGUUACGGCGCAGAAGACUCCGUUCCUACGACAGUUUUGCCGGCUCGCCGCCCAUCCCAAGCGGAAUUGGAUCGGCAAAAGGCAUUGGCAGCACUAACCAGUGGCUCUGGUCCUUCGUUGCGCCGGGUAUCUGCAGCAACGUCAUCAGACCAGCCCGAUCAAGAACCAACACCACCACUGAGUCCCUCCUCGGUCAACUUUUAUCUACGAUCCGCCCGAUCAUCUAUCGAUGAUUCCAAUAGCCAAGGCCGCAUCAUGGCCCUUACUCGUCAAGAGGAGAUGCUGAUAUCAGCCCUCCGCAAGAAAACACAAGCAAUGCGUGAAAAAUCGCAGCUUGGUUCUGCAAACAAAUCCCAGUCGGAUAGCCGUCCAGGCCGAAGACAUGUCUCAAGUCCAUCUCAAGUAAUGGUGACGGAUUCGAUGCUCGACUUCGACUUCCCCGCGCCCCCAUCUCACGGGUCGAGGAAUCGGCAAUCUGGGGCAAGUUCGAUGUUGAGUGCACCCAUUACGGAGCACCAUUUUGGUGAAGAUGAGCCCUACCGAGCACCUUCUCGUUUGACCGCGGACACUGGAUCCGAAAGAGCGUCUUUCGUCUCUUCCAUUCGUGGUCCAGAAGAGUUCGGUGAACAGCAGGAUGUCCUGGUGUAUCUUGACCAAAGCAAGCACGCCAGCGGUCAAUGGAGUCAGACUGGAGGCGACGGUCAGGCUCUUGAUGAGGCAGCCAUGUCGUCAGGCUUUCACGCCGUUUCGUGGGAUUACCCAGAGGACAAACGCACAUCCAAGCUCAAGGGUAGAGCAACAUCACGGCAGCAAAUGCAAGCCGAGUGCAUGUCCCCUUCCAAGCUUACCAGGCUCUCCGAGGAUGGCGGCGAAGACGUACCCCGACCAGACAGCCCGAUAUCCAACGACACAUUCCAACCGCGGCAGCAGCGCCGUGCUGUGCUCAAUACAGCCCGUCUGAGUGCCGUCGGAUUCGUGCGAAAAGAUCCUGAGUUGGGGUGGUGGGGAGAUGACGACUGA